CGAGGGGGUGGCGCGCGCGGUUUGAAUCGGGGUAGCGGCCGGUCGCAGUGUGCAGAGUGAGUCCGGUUGGCGGUGAGAGCAGUCCUUCAGCAUGGACAGCGAGGCGAUGCAGGAAGGGCUGCACCGCAGCAAGGCUCGCUUCGUGGCAUCUAUGAGCCGAAUAAUUGAGCAGUACAACCAGCCUUUCGAGGAUGAUAUACUUGUGUCCAUAUACACUCUCACCUAUGACACAACUGAAGGACCAAAACGGUGGGACAAAGUAUCCCGCAAAGAUGUUAGAAAAUGGAAAGAAACACUAUUUGAGCACAAGAGUCAAAGACCAAAGAACACAGAGGAAGAGAGCAGUGAUUUUGAAGAUGAACACUCAACAGUACACCAGGAAUCUUCUGAGAACUCUGGUGCGGAAAUAUCUGAUACAGGUGAAGAAAGUGGUGACAUAGUCUCAGUAGAAAGAAAAUUUGAAAGCAUUCACCUCCAGAAUCUGAUUGUAGAUGAUGGACAGAUCUUCAAGGAAGAAAUAGUUCCAGUGGAUGUGAUAUUACAAGGUGAUGAGAGAAAUAUUCCCAAAUGGAUAAAGAUAAAAACUCCAAUUUCGUUGAAAAGCCAUCGUUCAACUUCGCCAGGGCAAAAACUGCUUGGCAGUCAAGCUGCUGUUUGCAGAAAGAAGCUAGAGUUGUCAAAUAAGUGUUCUUCAUCCAAAUAUCCACAGUUACACCAUUCUGCUGUUCCCAUUUCAUCAAAUACAAUAGCCUCACCCAGGAUUCGACCAUGUCCAGAACUGAGACCAACUUCAUGUGAUAGUAUCCUUGGAGAAUACCAGUCUGCAGAUGAGGAAUGCUCCUUGAGCAAUACAACUCUUGCAGACUUGUAUCCAGCAAUGGUAGAGAUAUUUACAAAGCUCAUGGCGAAGCAUUCUCAGAAAAAAGUGUUGAAGUACAUGUUUGGACACCUACGGUCCAAGAAGAGGCAUUCUAGAAGACCAAAGCUCAAUGUCACUGUAGACAAAAUGAGAGGGUUCGGACCCUGUAAACUAAAGAAAUCAUUUCACAGCAUGUGUAGCUGUAGAAGUGAAGACAACCAAAAUCCAACUUCUGGAAAUGAGAGCAGAGAAUUCUGUCAUGACAGUUGCCCCAUUAGUAAUUCAUCUGGGCUGGUGCCUUAUGCUUAUGCUGAUACAAAUGAAGUCAAAAUGAGAGGGUUCGGACCCUGUAAACUAAAGAAAUCAUUUCACAGCAUGUGUAGCUGUAGAAGUGAAGACAACCAAAAUCCAACUUCUGGAAAUGAGAGCAGAGAAUUCUGUCAUGACAGUUGCCCCAUUAGUAAUUCAUCUGGGCUGGUGCCUUAUGCUUAUGCUGAUACAAAUGAAGUCAAAAUGCACUACUCUGACUCAAGUUUAGAACAACAUUUGGCAUCUAGAAAAAGCCUAGAAAUCUGCAAACAUGCUACUUUUCCUGAUGUUAUGGAUAGAAUGGGGGAGACAUUUCUAGUUGAAGAUGAAUUACAGACUACUGCCACACCAAAGCAUUCAGAAUACAGAGAAAUUGAAAAAUAUUCUUACAAAUGUUUCUCAGGACCCAGUUUUAUAACAUCUACUGCCAGUUCAGAUUCAAGAGCAUUUUAUCUUGUAAAAGAGAAUAAGACUCAGAAAACAGACUUUUUUGUUGGUACCUCAGAGUUGUGUUCAUCGGCUUGUAGUUCCCAUGGCAAUAGAAACAAUUCUAUCCCUAUCACAAAUUGUUCUCCUGCAAGAUCAUCAUCAAAUACUGUGUUCGUAUAUCCUCAAAAAAUAAUUUCUGAAAGACAAACUUCUUUCCAGUACAAAGACCCAUUUUCCUCCUGGUUUAUGAAGCAGAGUCCUUCAAAGAAGCCAGAUAAAUAUGAAGAUGCAUUUGAGGAACUCUACUACAAAGUGUGUUCUGAAGAAUUCCAAAAGCCUUUGACAUUGACAAGACCUCUUUUAAACUCACAGAACCUUGAAGAGAAAGGAAGAUUAGUGAAGAGUAAUUUAAGUGAUUCUGGGAGGUCCGCUAAACAGUGUGAUAUAGAAUUUGACAGGCUCUAUGAAAAACUGUGUGGGGAGUCUGUUACAAAAUCUCCUGGGCUUCAGACAGCUUCAAAUUUCAGGAAAUAUGAAGAAAUACAGAUACCUGAAACUGUAAAUGCUCUUGUUAAUUCUCCUGUCCGAACUUAUUCUGCAAUUUCCAGAGUUAGAAGAGGAAAUUUUGAGAACCAACUUCCUUGUUCACCAGAAAAGCGACUGAAACUUACACCAGAAUAUUGUUUUUCUUCAAGGAAAUGUCAGGAUAUUUCCCACAGUAAAAAGGGUAAUCUUCAGACAGGUGGCAUGGAUUUCUUGAGCAAAUACAACUGUAGCAGCCCCAGCUCUUUUGCUGAUCACAACUGUCAUUGUCAGGGCUCUGGAUCUCAUGAUUCUUCAGAUGAAAGUUUUCUUGGUAUUCCUGGCACUUCCCUGCAAGAAUCUGGGACUGCAGGUGCACACUCUGGUUGGCCUGGUGCAAUGGAGAAUUGCAGCUCUUUCAGAAAUGUGAGGAAGUGUCACCCAAGGGUAUACAGAAAACUAAGCUACAGUGAUGGGAAAGACCAAUUGUGAUUAUCCCUUGGAUGACCCUACUUAAAGCUCACCAAGAAGCAUUAAUGCACUGUUACAGUUUAAAAAAGUUUUAUAUAGGUUGUGUUUUAUUCAGUGUUGUGUUGUUUCUUCUUCCAGGAAACAAGGAUGUAUGAUUAUAUGUGUAAGCAAUACACAACUAGUUCUGGUUUAUACUUCCUUGUAGUUCAAAUCUUUGGAAAAAGGUUCGUCCCUUUUAACAGGACACUUCUUACUCAAUUUAUGGCUAAGUUGGAAUUUUAUGUUUGACAGUAUUUGUAAUAACAGAAUGUGAUCUCUAUUCUUUUUAUUUGCUGAUAAGCUUUAAUUCUUACUGUAUUAAUAGCAAGGAACAAGCUCAUUUACCUAAACUGCUGUUUAUUCAUGUUUUUUGGAUGUAUCUGUGCAGACCCAAAUCACGGCUAUAUGCUAUGACUUGACUCUGCUGUGCAAUGUUAAUGUUAAAAUUUCCCAGAGUUGAUUGUUCAAUAAGACUUUAUACUUUUUAUUAGAUUUGAUAAUUGCAUUCUGUGUUUUGACAAAGUUGUACCUGGCACAGUAUAUGUUCUAAAUAAAAAACUGUUCUG